UCCACAGUCAGAAGCAAGUGAAAAUCAUCGCUCAUAUUCUUCCUUCAAAAGCAGAAUUUGCUGGGAUUUCUUCAGCUAAAUUCCUCGGCCGCUGAAAGAAACAUCCAAAAGAGAGAUGUGCAGCCUCAAAGGACCUUUUCUUUUCAUCUUCUUAUCAAUUACUUUAAAUUCCCUGGAAGCAACACCUGUCGAGAGACUGCUCUCUUUGGCUGACGAUUUCUCUGACGGGACUCCCAACAGACAAGAAUGGCUCUUACCUGUCCUUUUGAGAAGUACUGGCUUCUUAGGACUGAACGGAGCUCUCCUGGGAGAAGAAACAGUGAAGCCCAAAAGUCACCGCUUGGAGAAACGGAAAUGCAACACAGCCACCUGCAUGACUCAACGCUUGGCCAACUUCUUAGUUCGCUCCAGCAACACCUUUGGAACGAUCUAUUCGCCUACCAACGUAGGAGCCAACACCUACGGCAAAAGAGACAGAGAACCUCCCAACUAUCUACAACUUUAA